AUGGGAGAAGUUUUCAGCCAUUCUCACAGCUUUUUGACCAAGGCGCCAGAACUUUCGCUGGAUGAAGUGCGACGACUCUUGGAGGAGCUCCGGACCGUCUCCAAUAGUGCCAAGUUCCAGAAGGACUUAGCAGACCUGCGGAGAAUGGACUGGGGAGCCUUCAAGAAGCGCGAGGCCGUGGCCAAGCUGCUUUCCAUUUUUUGGAAGGCCACCCUGCGAAAGCACGGCUUCAGCAUUGAUGCGGCAGGUUUUCCUAACCUGCUACAGGUUGUGAAGGAGCAUGGCCAUCAACCGGGUAUCCGACUCGUUUCGCACGAGGUGGAGCGACAACUUCGGAUGGUGCCUGGAGCAUUGUUCAGACUUACUGCCAAUGCCAAUGGCGAAGGCAAAAGUUGGAAAGAAGAGGAGAUCCAGACCAGCAGAAAGACUCUGGAGAAGCCGGUGCCCCCUCCGUCUGUGACGAAGGAUGCUUUACCUCGACAAGUGCGAGGAAGGCCCAUGUUCCUGGGCGAGGCAAAGGAGAUCCUGAAGGCAUUCAGGGAAUCGCUGCUGACACCGGCGGUCGUUAGGACAAUGCAGAACAUCGAGACUCGAGGUGGAGUCCACAUGGAACAGCAUCGACGCGUGCUGAUCACGCAGGAGUGGAACCCGAUCAUGAAGAGGUUUGACUUUCCAACGACAGAGGCAGGAUACGAUGCCAUGAAGGCUGGCAUCAGGGAGUUUGCAGAUAACGAGUAUGUCCGGUCAUGCAGCCACGAGGUAGAGCGCCUUUGCGGUGCUCCCGCUGGAGGGUACUUUGGCGUUCCAACAGCUGAGGAGCUGGCAGCUAGGAAGGCAGAGGCUGAAGCCGCACGAAGAGCAGAGGAAAAGCGCAGGGAGGAGGAGGAGGCCAAAAGGAAAGCCGAAGAAGCCCGCAAAGCAGAGGAGAGGCGCAAGGUGGAUGAGGCAAGGCGGCAAGCCGACGCGGCGAAAAGAGCAGAGGAAGCUCGGAAGCGGGAGGAAGAAGCUAGACUGAAAGCAGAGGAGGAAGCGAGAAAAAAAGCUGAGGAGGAGGCGAGAAAAGCAGCGGAAGAGGAAGCGCGAGAAAAGUUGCAGGAGGAAGCCAGACGAAAAGCGGAGGAGGAAGCAACACAGAAAUCAGAGGAGGAAGCAAAGCAGAGAGAAGAGGAGGAAUCUAGACAGAGAGAAGAAGAAGACGCUAGGAGACGAGCAGAGAAAGCUGCUAAGGAGACGGCGGACGGAGUCUCCGGACAUGCGGCGCAAGAGGAGAGUAAGCAGGUGGACAGCGAGGUCACAAAGCAACCAGAGGAGCAGGAAGCAAGCACACAGGAGGAAGUUCCAGCUCAAGAGCAGAAGAUGCAUGAUCUACAACCAGAAGAGAGCGAACAAGAGCAGGGCCAAAGAGCACCUGAAGCUGACAGGAGCGACGACAUGCUUGAAAGGCUUGCAGAGGAAGCACGGCGGAAAGCUGCUGCACUGCGAAGAGAAGCUGAGGAGACAAAAUCAGUGGCACAAGCUGAAUCUCAAAGCAGUCCGGCUGUCCAUGACACACAGCCGGCUGUCAGCUCAUCUGCUGCUGAUGCACAAGAUGAAAACGUGAGCAAGCCUGAUGAGGAUGCCAACACUAGUUGUCCAGUCAAAGAUUGGCCUCAGGAGGGUCUGCAAUGCUUCGAUGUGGCUCACCAGGUGGCAUUGCGGGAGCAACCUUCACGAGAGUCCAAGCUUGUAGGCGCAGCAAACGCAGGGGCGCAGCUUUUGGGAGCCUUGGAGGAGAUUGACGGCCAUCGGUGGCUCCACAUCUCUCCUCAAAGUUGCCAUGCGUUGGGAGCUCUUGCUGAUACGGCUUGGGCGCUAGUCAAGGAUGACAACUUUGAGCUGGGUGACCUUUUGGAGCCUGCUGCGCUGCGUCCACCGGAGGCCUUGGGCUACGCAGGCCGCUACGAGGUCGCACACACCAAGGUUGCUGUCAGGGCCUCUCCUUCCCUCAAGGGCAAGAUAGAGGGAGUUGUGCUGCAAGGCCGCAUACUCAUGGGAACACCUCACAAGGUUGGUGCCUUUGCUUGGCUCCGCUUUGAAGAGAGUUCCCGGAAAAAAGUUGCAGAAAUUGGUGAGGAGGCCUGGGCGUUGAUAGACGGCGAGCCUUUGGGUCUCGGACAACUUCUCAGACCACUGGAUAAUGAUGGCCGCAAAGCCCUGGAGACCUUUCAUGCCAAGCAGGCGCCGGUCACUGAGCCAGCUUCACAGCCAGAGGAAGUUCCCCCACCUGAGGCGGCCCGACCAGAGCAGACAACUGAAAGUGCCCCUGCUGCUGCAGUCAAUGCAACCGAAAGCAGCCACAAGACUCUAGCUCCGAAGCAGGACACGAAGAGGGACAUCAAACAUGAUGACAAGCCCGAACCUGCGACUACAGCCAUAUCCGACCCAGCCAAAGUCGAAUCACGCAGAAAAGCCGCUCAGCAGGCACGAGAUGUGCUUUCUGGACCAUUGGAGUACAAGGUCCUUGCGCAGGACCACGCCGCUCCAGUGCGAAAGGAGCCGUUGGUGCAGUCACCGGAAGUUGGCAAACUCGAGAGAGGCCGCGUGGUCUUCGGCUAUCCUGGUGGAGGUUGGCUGCAGCUAGAUGAAGCAGCUGACGUUGACCGCAAGCUGUAUGGGUGCUGGGUCUUCAUUGGCACGCGCCUGUCGGCUCAGUGGGCGGAGCUGAACGUCACAGGCGAGUUUGAGGGAGCCUUGGAGCUCUCAUGGUUAGGGCUGCGAAAGGAGAAGAGGGUCGCCUACAAUGUCGAGUGGCGCACGCCUGAGGGCGUGCCAAACCCCAAAAAGGGGCACAAGAUCUCGGCAAACAACAAGGUAUUGGUCAGUGGCCUUCCGCAAGGGUGCGAGCUGAACUUUCGCGUGGGAGCUAGGGUCGCUGCUGAUGGAGACCAGGAUGACCAGGACGUCCGCUUAUGGGGCUCCUGGACUUCGCUGCUCACCGGUCAGUUUUCCUGA